AUGUCUAAUUUUGUGGAUUUUCUUUUCUCUAUGAACUGUAUUCAGAUCUUACUGAGAAAUUUAUCAACAUCAAAGAUACUUUGCAGUGAUGAUCUAUUUGUUCAUAGAGACAACUCCGAUAAUAACCCAAAUACGCCCUUCGAAUUCACUGAAGCCAAUUUGACUCGUUUGAAAGCUAUUAUCCAAAACUAUCCUGAGGGAGCACAACGGUCAGCGCUAGGCGCAGCAUUGGAUAUUGUUCAAAGGCAAAUUGGUUGGAUACCUAUAUCAGCUAUGCAUAUAGUAGCUGAAAUACUUUCGAUCCCACGAAUGAGAGUUUAUGAAUAUGCCACAUUCCAUACUAUGGCAAAGAGACGGUAUAGAGGAAAAUUUAACAUAAAAGUUUGUGUGACAACGCCUUGUAUGAUUCGUGGAUCUGAUGAAAUUCUACAAGCGGUUGAAGUUGCUACGAAGUGUAUUGAAGGAGGUCUCUCAGAUGAUGGCUUGUUUGGAGUUGAUACAGUUCAGUGUCAAGGGGCUUGUGUUCACGCUCCAUUGCUAGUUAUUGAUGAUGACUAUUUUGAAGACGUCACCGUAAACGACGUGUAUAGUAUAAUUCAAACUCUUAGAAAUGGAUGUAUACCGCCGCCUGGGCCUCAAAGCGGCAGGUACGGUGCUGAGCCAGCUUGUGGUCUUACAACUUUAUUGGAGCCUCCGCCACCCCCAGGAUAUGGACUACAAAAAGCGCUCUUACAAGAAACUCCAAAACACCCAUCUCCAAAAACGAAAUAA